ACCCCCACCCUAUCCUGACCCCGACACUAGGUCUGGCUAGUUAACACAUGUGGAAUGAGAAUGCACCUACCUCUGAGUUGGCAGCGUUAGGGAUGUACUUGGAUUCCCAGGUUGGAAGAUUAUCUCACUCAGUCUAAGUUCUCCCAAAGAUAUAUAAGCUAAGCUAUCGUGGUGAGUCUCAGCAGAGCUGACCUGAGCACUAGGGGAUUUCAGUCAUAAAGGAAUACAACUUACAACCAUUGGCAAACAUGAUGAUGCUGAAAGUAGAGGAGCUGGUGACAGGGAAGAAGAGUGACAAUAAAGAGACUGGAGAUUUCCUUCCUGAGGACUUCAAAAAUGGAGAGUACGAAACUGCUGUAAGAUUAGAGAAACAAGAAGACCUGAAAACACUCCCUGAACACUCCCUGACCCGAGGAAACCUGACCCAUGAAAAGGAGAAAAAGCUACAGGCAGAGAUCAAGAAGAAAAAGCUAGAGGAGAGACCAAAACUUGAAAACUUGCAAGAUCUUGAAAAAAUUAUUCAGCUGAAGAAAAGGAAAAAAUGCACAAAAGUGAAAGUACCCGUUUUAAAGGCACCUGAACCAGAAGUUAUUACAGGACCAGUGGAUGUACCUAAAUUUUUAAAAGCUGCACUGGAGAAUAAAUUGCCAGUAAUUGAAAAAUACCUGUCAGACAAAGGGGAUCCAGAUGCUUGUGAUAAGUAUCAACGCACUGCAUUGCACAGGGCAUGCUCAGAAGGCCAUCUGAUGCUGGUGGAAAAGUUAGUGGAAGCUGGAGCCCAACUUGAGUUCCAAGAUAUGCUUGAAUCUACUGCUCUUCACUGGGCGUGUCGUGGGGGAAGCCUGGAAGUUCUGAAAUUCCUGCUCAACAAAGGAAUAAACAGAAAUGCCAGAGACAAGUUGCUCAGUACACCUUUGCAUGUAGCUGUAAGGACGGGUCAGUAUGAAUGUGCCGAGCACCUCAUUGCCUGUGAAGCAGACCUCAAUGCCAAAGACAGAGAAGGAGACACCCCACUUCAUGAUGCAGUGAGGCUGAAUCGUUAUAAAAUGAUUAGACUCCUGAUUAUGUAUGGAGCAAAUCUACAUAUAAAGAACCGUGAAGAGAAAACCCCUAUGGAUCUUGUUCUUCAGUGGCAGAAUGGCACCAAAGAGAUAUUCAACAGCCUUAAAGAGAACUCCCACAAGAACUCCCAUAUAAACACAUUCUGAAGAGAGAAAAAUUACUUGCCUAGAGAAAUGUAGUUUUCUCUUCAGCAGUUUAAAGGCACCAACCAACCUCAAGAAAAAUUGCACUGAACAUGCUAUUUUUACUGAAGAAAAAAUUUGUAUCCUAUUGGAUUAUUUGUAGCUGCCUUUGUUGGAAUACUCUAGAACAAAGAUUCAGAAAUAUUUAAAGACAGUUUGUGUUAAAAUUCCAUUGAUUUAAAGUUGCUUUAUUUAUUUUAUUUUGUUAGUGGUUCAAAUGAUUAUCAUUGUUGAUCUUUGUCAACAAGUCAUGUUACCGUUGUUUUUAUACAGAGCGCUACAGUUACUACUGUGGUAACCUGAAUCAGUCAGCAAUAUUAGCACCCUCCCCGCCCUUAUCUUAGUCAGCAGUCCAGGUGUACUCCUAUCAAGCCUUUCAAUAGACCUAAUUAGCUAACAUGUCAUUGUUGCCGUCUCUGUUAACUCUUAGUAUUAGAGUACGCUGGUAAAAAUGAGUGGCAAUAUGUGGAAGACCGUAGAAAGCAAUGGAAGGUUUACUAAGAUGCCAAGUGGAAUUAAAGGAACAGUUCAGUAAUUGGACUUGUGUUGUUUAGCCAUUGAUAAAGAAGCCCAAGUCUAAUAUGAAGUAAUUGUUUGGUUGCUGGGUCAAACAAUGUUCUGAAGGUAAGAGGACGAUAGUGAAGGAACAUGCACCUCUGACAAGCUGGUAUACACUGAUUUAAGGAAAGAGAGAUGUAUAUUUGUAAAUGUGUACUGCUUUUUAUGUACAUUUUGUAUUGAUCUUAUUUAAAAUUUAAUAAACUGUGUGGUUCUUUUUA